CUCCUGUUUUCAAACAAGCUUGGUUGGGUGUGCCGACGCAAGAGUUUUUGAUUUGUUGUCCAAAGUUAGUUACCAUGUAGUUUGAUGAAGUGAUUUUGUUGUUUACCAGUGUCUCGGCGGAACACCAAGGAUCAAGAAAUUCACCCCGUUCACUACAGAGCCUGUCCAGAAUGGCGUUUGCUCGCCGCCAAACUCAAAGCAACCAAGAACGCUUUUCGCUGCUACUGCUUGAUCCCGGUGAGAUCUAUUUUGAGGACUUCAGUGUCUUCUACUAUCCCAUUGGCCUGGACCUGGAAGAAGCUUAUGAAAGGCGCCAGCGAGGUCAUCUCAAGGUCUGCUCGAACUCUAUUCUGUUCGAUCCUCAGGACACGUCCUAUCCUAUUCUCCGGUUUCUGUUCCGGGAUUGUAGAGGUGUGACACGAUGGACACCGCCGCUCAUGUCCAAGCUCGGGCAGGAGGGUGAUGUUCUUUCUAUUGAUUCAAAGCAGGUCAUUGAGAUGAAAGAAGGCAAUGUCAUUGGACCCUACACUUUUAAAAAGGUGGUGGCGGAGUUUCGCUUUGCUCUGAACUAUGUGAGCAGCUCUGAUGUUCUCCCUCAGAUCACUCAACUGUACAGGGCGUCAACGCUGCCAACGGCAGAGCAGAACAUGAUGGUGCAGUCAAUAGUGCGAUCACGGCAAGCACGCGUCACUUUCAACACUGGCUGCUUGGACAGCUUGUAUGAAAAGAUUGUGCUGGAGACAACAGGUGAUCGUAUCACUCCCUUGGUGUGCAACCCCGGCCGUAUCAUGCUGACCAACUCUCGUCUCUACUUUCAGCCGUUCAACAACGCUGACCCGGUGCCGGUUCACAAGGUCAAGCUGAGUGACAUCAGUCGAGUUAUCAAGAGACGUUAUCUUCUCCAGCAUGUGGGCAUUGAAAUCUAUUCAUCCGACGGCUUCCACAUCUACCUUGUGUUUGGUACGGAAGCGGAGCGCAACAUGUUCUACAAGGAGCUUUUGGCUCAGCCGGACAUCAGCCUUGAGGACACGGAACAGGAGAACCUGACGCUCAAGUGGCAGAACGGCGUCAUAUCCAACUAUGAUUAUCUCAUGUACCUAAACAGCAUGGCAGAUCGUAGUUUCAACGAUCUGACUCAGUAUCCGGUCUUCCCGUGGGUCAUUGCGGAUUACGCAUCAAAGCAACUAGACCUAAGCAACCCGGCAACGUUCCGUGACCUGAGCAAGCCGAUUGGUGCCAUGACAGAGUCACGUCUGGAGCAGUUCAAGGAGCGCUACAAGGAAAUGCCAGAGCCAAAGUUCCUGUACGGGUCUCAUUACUCGACACCAGGCUAUGUUCUAUUCUAUCUGGUCAGAAUAGCACCCGAGUACAUGCUGUGCCUGCAGAACGGUCGUUUUGAUCAAGCUGAUCGCCUGUUUAACCACAUUGGAGAAACAUGGACAAAUUGCUUGUGUGGCAAUGCUGAUGUCAAGGAGCUUAUCCCGGAGUUCUACUCGUUACCAAGUGACUUCAUGUUCAAUACUCAGAACCUAGACUUUGGAAGUCGGCAAGAUCGUACCAAAGUCGAUGAUGUCCUGCUGCCACCCUGGGCAAAAGAUGGAGAUGACUUCAUUAGAAAGAUGCGCGAGGCCCUGGAGUGCGAAUACGUAUCACAGCACAUCCACGAGUGGAUCGACCUCAUCUUUGGCUAUCAACAGCGCGGCGAAGAGGCUGUCAAAGCGGACAAUUUGUUCUAUUACCUGACGUACGAAGGCGCGGUGGAUCUGGCCAGUAUUACGGACCCCAACGAGCGGGCAUCAUUGGAGGUGCAGAUCACCGAGUUCGGCCAGACGCCCAAGCAGCUCUUCACGUCGCCGCAUCCCGCAAGAAAAACCGUUUCAACACCACAGGACAUCAAGACAGCGCUGCGACUGUCCUCGCAUUUGUCCACAGAGCUAGCACACUCACCCACCAUAACACGCCACAGUAUGAUGACCAAGAGCCAGGCGGCGGCGACCAGUGAAGAGCUAACACGGGACGAGACGGACGGCAGUGAGCGUGACUCCUCCGUGUCCGGCUGGAAUCGUGUCGAGCAGCUCAAGUGUGUGCGCACUGAGAAGCUUCACAGGGAUGUAAUUACCGGCCUCAAGCUUUCGGCGGACUGCAAAAGUGUGUUCUCUGUGUCGCAAGAUUGCACUCUCAAGGUCUAUUCAAUUGAGGACCAGCAGCAGCUGCGAAGCAUCAACCUCUCGGCUAUGGCGCUAUCGUCGCUAGCAGUCAUGCCGGACGACAAGACGGUGGUGGUUGGGUCUUGGGAUAAUAAUGUAUAUGUCUACUCGGUGGAGUAUGGACACACGUUAUGUACAUCGACAGCACACGAUGAUGCAGUAUCGUCUCUGUGCUGGAACAAUGAGCGUCUUGUGACAUCAUCAUGGGACUCUACAGUCAAGGUUUGGAACUUUGGCAUGAAGUCCGGGAGUCGCCGUCCUGCUCCGCCUGAACUGCUGGCGGAACUGGACCAUGAUACUCAGGUGAGCUGUGUUGACAUCAACCCCUCGACGACACUAGUCGUGUCUGGCAUGACCGACGGAGCUAUGAACAUCUGGGAUCUGGAAAACGACAACGCAUUACUACAUCAGCUUCCACUCCACAUGGACACUGUCAACUGCGUCAAGUUCAGUCCAGACGGCCAACGGCUUCUGUCGUGCAGCGCAGAUAACUACAUGAGAGUUAUCGAUGUGAACACGGCCACCGAAAUCUACGCAAAGGACACGAAAGAAAACCUCAAGUGUGCAGCUUGGAACGGUGACAUCAUUCUGGCCGGAAGUGAGUCGGGUGGCCUGUUCGUCUGGGAUCUGAUCCGAGGCAGUCCACUGGCAGUACUCAACAUCCACAAAGGCGCCGUCACUAGCAUUGUUGCUUCCCCCGAUGGCAACGUUGUCAUUACGGGCGGUGAAGACCGCACCAUAGCCAUGUGGCGCAGCUGAUACCAGCCCGACCCCUGCUGCAUCGGGCCAGUCUUUGCGAGGCCUGCUCAACAGAUGCACUGGGCACGUUCUGGGCUGCUCAGCGUACGCGUCAUGCCACCGACUCGUCUGCUGUGUGAGAUGAUUUCACUCGCUUGGGACUGAAACAUGCUCUGAUUGCUGAAGACGUAUUUGUUUGCCAGAAAAAUACCUUAUAUCAGCACUAUAUUGACUUUUUAGUGUGAACAUUAUAUAUAUUUUUUUUAUAUCCCCAUCCCUACUGAAACUGGUACAUAUACCUAGCCUAGUCCAUGGAAUGAUGUCAAUUCUUCGCCGCUAGUACCCGGCUUCUCCUUUGUCUUGUCUUGUCCAUAGUGUAUGUGUUUUUAAGUUCUUGUAGCUAGCGUAAUGCUCUCACUCCUAGACGCUGAGGCUGAGCUGGGCCAACCACUCUACUGCUGUCGUUGCAGUGGCUUUACCUGCUACAGUGUCCUGCUAUCGUCUUCUGCUGCUUCAGCUCUAGCCUUGCUGUGCUCCUUCGUUCAGUGUGUGUGUGCAGCAAGCAGCAUACCCAUACCUGUUCUUUGUGCAUAUGAUUUGUCUGUACUCCUAUUUUUGUAACAUUUGAGCUCCAGCAAUGCUAGCUCAACUUUCUCUGUGUGUCUGUGUCUGCUCUCUCUCUCUCUCUCUCUCUCUCUCUCUCUCUCUCUCUCUCUCUCUCUCUCUCUCUCUCUCUCUCUCUCUCUCUCUCUCUCUCUCUCUCUCUCUCUCUCUCUCUCUCCCCUCUCUCGUGUUACUUGGUCUGUGAUGUCUUGUCACACUUCACAUCAUUGGUGUGUCAUUUUCCCAAACAAAGAAGUAUGACAAUUCGCCCUUUGUGGCACAGGCCGCGA